AUGAUACGUGUUUAUAAUUCGGCUUUUCAAAUGACAUCGUUUGGUGCAACAGAAAUUAGACAUGGAAAUUUCAUGCCAACAUUUAAAGUUCAAGGUCAAGUCUAUCAUUUGACUGGUUCUUUAUUACCCACCGGAACUGAAGAACCAAAGUUUUUACAGAUAUAUUUUAUGGGUGACUCAGAGAAUGAAGUGAAAAGGCGUUUGUCUAUUGCUCCCAAUACAGAUAAACAAAUAUUAUAUGAUUUGCAAUAUAUGUUGCAUAGAAAUAAUUCGUACAUUCGUAGUUUUAAGAGUGCAAUCGAUUUGAUGCCGUCCAAUCUAGAUGAAUUUAAGAUUGUUAUUAGGGCCGACAGAAAACCACAAGCAGAGCAUCGUGGUCGAUAUAAUACUCCUCAAAAUGAUGAAGUAGCCAUAUUAAUUGUCGGCCAAGAAUUUUCAAAGAGAGAUAUUGUAUUAAGAGCUCGAGAUGAUACAUUAACACGCGUAAGUGAAAUUCAUCGUUCGUACGAUGCGUUACAGUAUCCUCUAAUGUUUUGUUAUGGACAGAAUGGUUAUUCUAUUGAUGUUUCGCAAGUUAAUCCAAUUACGAAAAUUCCUCUUAAUAAAACGGUUUCCGCCAUGGACUUUUACUCUUAUAGACUUCAAGUCAGAGAAAAUUCUAAUAAUAUACUUAGAUACGGUAAACUUUUGAAUCAAUAUAUUGUCGAUAUGUACGCGAAAAUUGAAACUGAACGGCUUCAAUAUCUAAGAGCAAAUCAAACUAGAUUACGAACUGAAAUUUACACUGACCUUCAAGAUGCAAUGCAAGCUGACGGAAAGCCAGAUCAAAUUGGCCAGAGAGUGAUUUUACCAUCUUCAUUUGUUGGUGGUCCACGCUACACGCAGCAACGUAAACAAGAUGCCAUGGUGUACGUACGAAAUUACGGACGCCCUGAUCUAUUUAUUACGAUGACGUGCAAUCCUCAAUGGCCAGAUAUUCAAUCAUGUUUAUUUACUAAUCAAAUACCCGCUGACCGGAAUGAUAUUAUCGCACGCGUUUUCAAUUUGAAAGUGAAAAAACUUAUAGAUUUAAUUACAAAAGAAAAAAUAUAUUACGCCGGGUAA